CUUGGCCGUGGCCUCUUCGCCGAAGGAGCGCAUGCGUAGUAGCGCUCUCCUCGCUCCCAGUCCCGCUCCUCCCUCUUUACCAGGUUUUACCUCCCUGAGGGGAAGGAAGGAGGGACGGGCCGAGGAGGAUGGAGGAGGUGCCUGGCGGGGGUUGCCGCUGCCGCCGUCGUUGCCGCUCUUGGCCGCGCUCGCUGGGCUGGAGGAGUUGCCGGCCGGCGGCAGGCCUCUGAGGCCGGGGAGCGGGGGUUGGCCUCGCGCACCUGAGGAGGAGGCGGAGGCGGGGCCGCUUGGCGCGCGAGUGAGAAAGAAAGUUAUUUUCUGAGAAUAGAGAUGGAGCCGGAAGCCUUCAGCCCUGGCGGGGACAAUGCCAGCUCAGACUCCACCUGCUACCAAUGCUCCUCAUGUCGGGCCGACGAGGAGCGGAGCUGUGCCAACUCCAUGCGUGGGCGGGCCAAGACGCGCAGCUUGUCUGCAUCUCCGGCCCUAGGCAGCACCAAAGAAUUCAGGAGGACGCGCUCCUUGCACGGACCAUGCCCAGUGACCACAUUUGGACCAAAAGCCUGCAUGCUGCAGAAUCCCAAAACUAUCAUGCACAUUCAGGACCCAGCAAGCCAGCGGUUGACAUGGAACAAACCUCCGAAGAGUGUCCUUGUUAUAAAAAAAAUCCGGGACGCCAGUCUCCUGCAGCCCUUCAAAGACCUCUGCAUCUAUCUCACAGAGGUGAACAACAUGAUUGUCUACGUAGAAAAGAAAGUGUUGGAAGACCCAGCCAUCAUGAACGAUGAUAGUUUUGGACCAGUGAAGAAGAAAUUUUGCACUUUCAGUGAAGACUACGAUGAUAUCUCCAAUCAGAUAGACUUUAUCAUCUGCCUGGGAGGAGACGGGACCUUGCUUUAUGCCUCUUCACUCUUCCCGGGCAGCGUACCUCCCGUGAUGGCUUUCCACCUGGGUUCCCUGGGAUUCCUUACCCCGUUCAAUUUCGAGAACUUUCAGUCCCAAGUGACUCAGGUUAUUGAAGGCAAUGCAGCACUUGUUCUGCGGAGCAGGCUCAAAGUGAAAGUGCUCAAGGAGCACAAGGAGAAGAAGGCAAUGAUUCAAAAUGGGAUUGAAGAGAAUGGGCUGAUUUCUCCGAGCCUAGAGAAGGAGCUGUUCAAGCAAGCCACUCAAUAUCAGGUCCUGAAUGAAGUUGUGGUGGAUCGGGGCCCUUCCUCAUAUCUUUCCAACGUGGACGUCUUUCUAGAUGGGCACCAUAUCACCACAGUCCAAGGAGAUGGUGUCAUCGUCUCCACACCCACGGGCAGCACGGCGUACGCAGCUGCUGCAGGCGCUUCAAUGAUCCACCCGAAUGUCCCUGCCAUCAUGAUCACCCCAAUCUGCCCACACUCGCUCUCUUUCCGGCCCAUCGUUGUUCCUGCUGGGGUGGAGCUGAAGAUCAUGCUGUCUCCCGAAGCCAGGAAUACAGCGUGGGUUUCCUUCGAUGGGCGGAAGAGGCAGGAGAUCUGCCACGGGGACAGCAUCAGCAUUACUACCUCCUGUUACCCCCUCCCUUCAAUCUGUUUCCAAGACCCCGUAAGUGACUGGUUCGAUAGCCUGGCCGAAUGUUUGCACUGGAACGUCCGGAAAAAGCAGAACAAUUUUGCUAUAGACGAAGAAGAGGAGUUUUGAGUGUUGGCACUAGCAGAGGAUCAUGGGAGGCCGAAUCCCUUCUGUACAAAAACAUGUUUUUAAGCCUGUAGCUCUGGGGAGUAGACCAAUAUAAUAUAAUAUUAUAUAAAUAUAUAUAAUAACUUUUUUAAAUACAGCGAUGUACCUCAUAUCAGUCUGUUCUGCUGAUGACCAGAUAUCAUGUCGUUGUUUUUCUGUCUGUCGGGAGAGCUUGAGGUGAGAGAGAAACGAGCGGAGAUACUUUCGUCGGGGCACAUUAGAAAUGUCCGAUGUUUGUUCGUCAAUGUGCAAUGUGUUUUCCGCACAACGUGUUUCCUAGAAAGAAGGUUUUUUGUUUUUGUUUUUUCAAAAGCCUUAUUAAAAACGAAUGAUGUUUCCUUGGACUUUUGUUCCCGGUUAUCGGCAAAUCCCCAGAUUCUCUUUAUUGGCCACUGUGUGGGUCGGGCAAAUGUUGGUUAAAGGGGCGCUAAAACGUUUUCUCUUACUUUUUCAAAUCUUCAGUUCUGUGCACUUAUUUCUGGCAAAGUGAAGAGGAUCAGUCCGUUCUUGAUUGCCACUCUUCCCCCCCCCCCACACACUUUUUUCUUUUCUUUUCCGGCUCACAAGAAAUGUGGUUUCAUGGCUGCUUAAGAGCAGGGAUUCCUACCCCCACCCUGGGAUAUUAUCCCACCAUCUUUGUUUAAAUGUGUUUGUAGGAACUUUAUUAUACCUCCCUGAUGGUGAUCAAAAAUAAAUAGGUCUUGUUGGGGGGGGGGGGUUGGAAGGAGGGAGACAGGUUUUGAAUUGCAGAAAGUUGUCAAGAUGAGUGUUCAUAGAUCAACUCUAGAUGUGAUCAGCAACAUUAAGACAAAGGCGGCCUCUGUAUGAAAGACAAAGUUGGGAAUUGGUUGGACUGGGACAUACAGGCAGUUGUCACCUGUUGGGUGAGUAACAGAGAACGUCAGACGCCUCCUUAAACCAUUGCUGGUGAAAUCACAAGGCCUGUGCACCAAAAGCACUUGUGUGCGCCUGUGUACAUACCUUUUGGUUUCAGCUGGGCUUGCACAGGAGAUGUUUCCUCUGAGCUGUGCAAAAUCUGAAGGUUAAAACUUCACUGUCACAUGGGGAAUGUAUUGGGAUUCUUUAAAAAGGCAAAACAAAAUCAAUACACCCAAUAAUUUUGGGAUUUCUACGGUUUCCAGACAAGCAGCCAUUUUUGCUCGGAUGGUUGACUCUCAGAAAAGCCACCCAAACUUCGGGUGUGUCUUUUUUAUGUGGCAGUGAGUGAUUUGGAAAGUCUUAUGCGAAUGUGCUGGUGGGUGGCAACUUCCCCCUUUGCCGCUCUUUUGGGUCCUGGACUGUAGAUUUCUGCCAAGAACAAGGAGCUGUAGGCCGUAGUUCGCUGGGGCUUCCAUUUCCAUGGGGUUUCCAGUUUGCUCAGCCACACAUGCAGGCAUCGCCUGAGUGGUGAUCUUCGCAAACACUGCUAUGGUAUAAGCAAGUCUGCAGGCCCAGCAACGUGUGUGUUUUCUGUGUCUUUAAAAACCCAACAAGGAGCCGUUGCCAAGCACCUAUUAAAUGACCCAGUCGGCAGAGAUAGGCCAGGAGUCACAGCUGCCCUCAGGGAAUGCAGGCUGGCUUGGCUGUUGCCUUUUUGGAUCAGGGUUUCCAACGGAGUGUCUUCCAGACGUGAAGGACUCCCAUCUCCCAUCAGCCCCAGCCAGCGUGAUCAGUAGCCAGGGAUGAAGGGAGUUUGUGUCCUCAGCAUUUGGAGGUCACGGCAUUUGCUUACCCCUGCUUUGGGCCACUAAGCCUUGCUUGCAGCUGCUUGGGAUGGGGCCCUGAGUGCCUCUAGGCUAGAAUGAUGCUGGAGUGGGCAGCCGUCAUGUGAGAAAUGUCCAGGCAGGGUAUUAAGGGAGUUUCCAAUCAAGACCAGGAGAUGUUCCUAGCACAUUUCCUCUUCUUCAGCACACUCCGAUGUUGUUUGUUCAUUUGAAGCUUUCUCAUGGAUGUACACUUCUAAAUAUAUAUUCCUGGCUUUUAUGAAGAUAGUUCAAAGGGGAUGGUAAAAUCUAUUUAUUUUCUAUUUUUGGGCUUAGGCUUGGGUCUACCCCUUGCAAUGGUACAAGGUGGUGGAAUAGCUCGAUAACUAAAGGUUACUGCUAAAGGGUUGCCCAUUCUGACAGCCCUUCAGAUAAAAGAGGGGGGGGGGGAAUACAAUCAUGUGAAUGGGAAUCUGACCUGCCAGGUUGUAGGGUUGACCUGUCACGCAUGGUUACUUUUCUGCCUGAUGGUCCCGUGAUCUGGUGUCAAGGUUUGUUUGUUUUUAAAAAAGAAUUGCUCAUUCAGAAAUGGUGUGUCCUCCGCUUUGAAGUGGAACAGCCAGAUCUCUGCCACAUCAAGACUAUACCACCUUGUGCCUCUGCAUGUGUGUAGACUAAGCCGCUGAGGUUUACAUGCAUGCUCUUUAGCAGUAUCGCCAUCCCAUGCCUCCUGCCUUAUCCAAGCGCUUCUGCAGAGAUCUUGAGAGCGAUCGGAUGCCCUCAGCCAGUCCUUGUCUGUGGCACAAAAGCUUGAUGGAAGGGGAGAGAGAGAUCGCAUGCUCCCUAAAUGAACGGUGUUCUGUUGGGGUUUCGUGGCUGUCUUAGCAUUAGGGAAAGUGUGUGUUUCACCUUUUGCAACAGGGAUGAGGAGCCUAAGGGCCUGUAGAUCCUGUUGGGCUACAACUCUCUGACCAUCAGCCACUGAGUGUCUCAGGCUCUACAAACGGGUUUUACAAUACACACCUGCGAGUUUCAUCCAACCAAGUUUUGCUGAGAGUAAACCUGUUGAAAUGAACGGCCUUUAGUUAUGUCUGCUAAUUUCAAUGGGUCUGCUUCUGAGCAGGAGAGAACCCUGAAUGUUUUCUCUUUCCUCCCAAAGCAGAUCUUCAGCUCUUGACGGUAGCGUCAACUGCACUAAAUUGUGUUAUGUGUAUGUUAUAUAUUUGUGAAAAGGCGACUGUUGUAAAUGUUUUGUGUGCUAGAAUAUUGGAUUUGGGUUUGUUGGCCGGUUCUGAAAUUGGGUAUGAAUCAGGCAAAAUGUUGUUGGCAACAUUUGGGAGACGUUUCAACCAGCUUUUUAGAUGCCUUGGUUUCGCUUAUAUUUUAUAGUAUGAUUAUGUUACCACUGUCACGAGUUUUCUAGAGGGCCAGAGAGUGCACUGUUUUUGAAUCACAGUCUUGCUUUCUAAUCUGUGAAAAUAGAGCUUUGCUUUAAAAAGGCAAUGACCCCCCCCCAACAUCCUUAGAUGCAAGAAUUAAGAAAGGGAACAGAAUAAAGGACUUCAGUUGUAGCCAGCAAAGCCCUCCUGCUCAGAGUAGACCCACUGAAAUUAACAGACCUAAGGUAGUUGUGUCCAUUAACACCAAUGGAUCUAACUCGAAAGUAGGGCUGGUAUUGAAUAAAACCUUUUGAUAUGAAGUAUGUUGAAAGAUUAAUAUGCUGAGGAAAGACUCAUUUGCAAAUGAGAUGACAAAAUAAAACAAGCCUUAUUUAGAAAAUCUGGGAGUUUAUUUUUUUGGUAAACUCCCCCCCCCACCCCAAAAUAAAAUAAUUUGGCAUCUUUAGUGCUUCUUAUUAUUUAAACGAGUAAUGUUUCUCAGGAUAUUUAAAAAAGCAACCCUGGAUUCUUUUGUUUUAAGUAAAGAUUUUAUAGAAGGUCUCCCCAAAAAGUCUUUCAUUACUGCCUCCAAACUUGAUUCAGUUUACUAAUGAGAUCUUAUAGUGCACAGGUGAGCUUUAACUUGCUCUGCUGGGAUCCUGAGCAAAUAUCCCCCUCCCCUGUUUCGUGAUUUAAUUGGUUAACUGUCUCCUAACCUAAUUGCUGCAGGCAGGCAGACGGGGGAGCAGGCAACAGAACCUCUCAGAAAGGCAAGCAGUCUAAAAAAAAUGUACCUGGACCUUCUGGCCAUCCUGUUGCAAUUAAAGGUGGCAUCCUGGUUGUGGCUAGGGGUGCUUUUUUGCUCCCUCGCUUUCAGUACUAAGGGGUGGGGGACCUUUAGCCCUCUGGGUAUUGCUGGACUACAGCUCUCAUUAGCCCCAGCAAGCAUGGUCAGUGGCCAGGGAUGUCAAGAACUGUAGUUCAGCAACAUCUGGAGGGCCAAAGCUCCCGCCACCCUUGCAAUGCGCCAUUGCCUUAAGGCAGUUCAUGGGGGCCUCAUCUGGUCCUUGCAUCUGCUGUUGUGGACCGCUGUCUGUCCUCUGCAAGGUUGAGAGUUCAGCUGGGCGCCAUCCCAUCAUGUGGUUGGGCACUGAGCAACAAGGCCUGUUUGAUUUUCCGCAGUUCUUGCAGGUCUUCCUCUUGAGCCGCUGACUGGAAAGGAAACUGGUUCCCGAGCCGGUUUUUGUUCUAGCGAAGGGCUCCCAGAGUGCAACCCCAUUUAACAUUAACACUACAGCCAUCACUUCUCCUGGGGAACAGACAAUCUGCCGAAGGUUGGCGGUUGCGCAGAGCUUCAUUCUACAGGCUACCUGCCGUGGGGAAUAUUAAAGCCCCGUUUUCUAGGCUGAGAAAAUGAGUAAGCGGAAGGCCUAGGCAAGGAGAGAGCAGGAGAAGUUAAAAGCUAGGUUCUCCUUAUUACAACCCCUCCUCAACACUGUCCUCUCAAGGAAGCACCAAAACUGAGGUCAACAAACACCGCCUUCCUGCAUUCUGGGUUCUUGUUUCAGCUAAGUAGCUGGUGGGUUUUUUUGGCUUGUUUUUGUUCCGCUAGGUGUUUAAAUCUCCAUCUCUCCCUGCCCACCACCCCUUUACGGGCAGGUUCGAUGAGUAAAAACAAGCAGCUAGCAGAAUGGUGAACCGAUAGAUCAGCUUGCCAGGAAAGUUGCAGGAUGGGAAGGUGGAAGUACAGUCAGGCGAGGGGACUGUUCACAGGGAGUCACCGUAGAAUCAUUUCAGAGUUGGAAG